AGGGAAGCUACACAAUUUAAACUAUGUCUAUCACUCAUCGAGAUUUUAUUUUUAGACACUAGAUAUGACUACAUCUAGAUCUAGAUCUAGACAAGAUGUGUCUAGAUCCUAGAACAAACAGUACUGUUUUCAGAGAUAUGUUAUUCACAGUGUAAAGAAUGGAGAUACUGAGGCAAAUAUAGAUCUAGCUUUAGAUCUAAUAGAUUCUUCAAAGGUUACAUAGAUUUAGAUCUACAUCAGAUUUAUUAUGAUAUAGAUUCUAAUUUUGGAUACACGCUCCAUUCGAGAUAUUCAACAAAUAAAUACUGAAAUUUUAAAAACAAAUUAGGACUGUGCUAAAAUUCAAUAAGAAUUUUAUGUUGAUUGCUUUGAAGAGUUCAUAUCUCCCUUCAAAUAAAAAAAAAAUGAACGCCAAGAUGCUCUUAAGUUGUUGUUUUAUAGUAAUGGCAUUGCCAUUGUGUCAGACAAGUAAAAUAGAUGACAAUCAGAUGGGUAUGAAAGUUCUCUAUAAUAUGGUGAAUAUAUUUCUUGGAGAUGUGGUUCAUAAGGAGGAAGCAUUCACAUAUCUCAAUCUAACAGAAAUUGUUAUAAACAAUAAUUAUCAUGCUUUUGAAGACUGGAGAGCUCUCUUAAAGAACUAUAUAGGUUUUUCAGUAUGCAUUGCCAUAGGCAUUGUAUUCAUCGUAAUUAUGCCUCUAACUGGCCUUAUAUUCUGUUGUUGUCGCUGCUGUGGUCGCUGCGGGGGCAAGAGCAAACUUCAUGAAACAAAGAAUGGCAGAUGUAAGAGGAGAUGUUACUGCACUGUCUUGGUGAUUCUCAACACAGUAGCUUUAGCUGGGGUUAUAUGCAGUUUUCUGUGCAAUCAAUUAACAUAUAACAGUUUAAAAAAUGACAAUAACCAGGGCACCAUCGGGACUAUUUCUGGAGCUCUCAGUGAUGUAGAGAAUUUCAUUAAUGGAUCUAUUAAUAAUGCUUCUGACUACGUGAUUGAUACAUUUGAUAGCACCAGCUCAGAUAUUCUAAAAAAUAUUAAUGAUUUAGCUCUAAAAGCAGUGGACAAUGUGCUAGAAUCUAUAAAAGUUCAAGAACUACUGAACCAAGCUUAUAAUGUCGGUGCAGAUGCUAACAACACUAGAGAAGAGUUAGACACAGUGGCAAGACUUCUCACAAACCUUAGUCAAGAAGGCACUGAGCUGAGUAAUAAUGUAACUGACAUAAAAAACACAAUAACUAAAAUCUGCAGCAAGCCCUCCUCAAACUGUUCAGGAUCUGAUUUAAGUAACUACAACACUGAUGCAAACUUUUCUACUUUAGAUUUAAUGUCCAAGGAAGCAGAAAGAGUUAAAGAUUCAUUGGAAAUGACCAAAUAUAUUGCUGAUGCAGAAAAAGAAAUAAAUAACACCAAAAAUACAGCUCAUUCACAAGUGGAGGACAAAACUAAAGAUGCCUCUGCAGAAAUAGAUAAAUUUAAAAAGUCCCUCAAGGAAGGAAUGAAUGACCUGCUUAAACAAAAAGAAGAUAUUUUUAAGAAUUUCCCUCACAUCUAUACAAAACUGAAUGACAUAGACAAGGAUUCAAAAGAUUACUCUAAAAUUGUUUAUUAUGCUGGUAUUGGUGUGUGUUGUGCCUAUCUGCUUAUUGUUGCUUUGUAUUAUAUUGGCAUCUUGUUUGGAUUAUGUGGUGAACGGCCAGGAGAAGGGGCUCCUUGCUGCAACACUGGAACUGGAUCUAAUUUCCUAAUGGCAGGAGUGGGCUUUACUUUUCUCUUUUACUGGAUAUUGAUGAUUAUAUGUACAGUAAUGUUUGCAGUUGGUGGCAUUGCCUAUACAGAAGUGUGCCGUAACUUUGAUGACCAUGACCCUUCAAAGUUAAAGAGCAUUGAUUCUUUUGCUGUUGAUUAUCUCAGGAGAGAAUUCUAUACAGAUGCUCCAUCAAACUUUUCAUUUGUUAAAAGCAUCCAAAACUGUCAAAAUAAUCAAGCAUUAUAUACUGCCUUACAGUUGGAUCAGAUUGUGAAUCUGGAUAAAUAUACAAACAUUACGGAUUUGAAAAAAAAAAUCAAUGAAUUAAAAGACCAACCAAUCAAACUAGAUAAUAUAACAAUAAUAAAUGACCAGCUGCUAAUGAAACUACAAAAUUUCACCCAGGCAUUGGAGGGCAUCAAUCUGACUGCAUACUUUACAGAGCUUAACAAAAAUUUGACUGUCGUCCCUCUUACAAAUCUGGCCAAAGAAUUGGGUUAUAUAACUGGCAAAGUACAGGAUCCUUCAGACAAAGACACAUUAAAUAAAAGUGCUGAACGAUUGAUUGAACUUGAUCAGACGACCAUCCCAUUAAUGAAGAGUAAUGUUGGUGAACUUCGUACAGCUUUAUUUAAGUUACAAAAUCAAACUAAUUUAAAGAACUCUGUAAAUAAGCUCAUUAGCCAAUUGAAAGCUGCUGAGGAUUCUUUUAAUACAAAUAAAAGUAGCUUGAUAGUAAUGCAAAUAGCAGACAUUGCUGAAAGUGUCAUCAAUACAAUCAACCAAACUGCCAAUGAUGUCAAAACUGAGUUGAAGGAGAAUCUUGCUCAUUGUGCUCCUCUAAGUUCAGCACUGUACACCUUUACUGACUCUUUCUGUGUCUUGUUGUUAAAUCCUGUGAAUGCUCUGUGGUUUAGUUUUGGAUGGGUUCUGUUUUUCUUUCUUCUUUGUCUCAUCUUUGCAGUCUUACUAACUGACCAAUAUCGAGUGCAACAUAAAUAUGAAAAAGAAUUUGAUGACCCAAACUUUAUGUAUAGUGGAGCACAGGCUGACACAAUUCCACUAACCAGCGUGAACCAGAGCCCCAGAGGUGCCCAUAUGGCCAUGUCUAACGAUGGAUACAGGCAUGACUAUAAGAGGGGGCCUGCUGGCUACCCUCCACCUUCCUAUGAGGAGCAGAUGGGCUAUCAGAUGUUUCCUCCACCCAAGUACAAUGGACACCAGAAUCUUUCGCCCCCUCAUGGAGGUCCACCCAGUAAUCAUGGCCAAGGAAACAACUAUUCCUAUCCUUACUAACACACUUGGCAUGAUAAAUUGCAUUUUCCUUCUUAGUAGUUCACGAACAGAAUGGUAAUGUGCCUUGACUUUACAUCAGAUGAGAACAAGAUUGACGCUUGCUUCAUGCGAUGACUUGAUCCUUUCAUUAAUUCCUUUUAAAAAAUACAUUUUAUAUACAUUUUAUUGUUUUUAAUUCUUGUAUUUGUUUAUCUGUUCUAUGUAAUUUAAUGUGUACAUAAGUUAACAUAGACGAUAAUUUCUCUUACAUAUCAUGAGAAAUGUGAUGGUGGUAUUCCAUAGUUUCAUAACUUUUUUUUACAUGAGGGCAUCUGUGUUCACUUUUCCAUAUUCAUAUAUAAUUCCAAUAACUAUAUAUAUAUAUAUAUAUAUAUAUAUAUAUAUAUAUAUAUAUAUAUAUAUAAUUCAACCUACAUCAUUUUAUUUAGUGUAAUUAGAAUUAACCUAAAUGAAUGGCAAGCUUCAAUUGUUUUUUUAUCAGACUCUUUCAUUUCAAAACUGUUCCUUAGCUUAAUGAGAUACUUUGGGCUAUUUUCAUUUCUGUUUUGAGUUCUAUUUUAUGUUUAUCUAAUGAUUUGGUUCCAUUUCUACUUCAGGCAUUAGUUGACUUCACUUUGGCUUUCAAAAGUCUUUUUAAAUAUGGCUACUUAAUGUUUUUUUCAUUUGUUUUCACCUUUAUUUUUUUUUAAUGACAGGAAACCCUAACACUUAGAAUAUUGUUUUCAAGACAUACCUAUAGAUUCAAUAUAUCCAACAUAUUUAUGAUUAUAGAAUUCCUUCAUAUGUAAAUAUAUAGUAUUUUACUUCAAUGUAGUAUUUUACUUCAAUGUAGUAUUUUACUUUGGUAUAGAACUUAAGCCUAAAGUUGUUUGUUUUUUCCAUCCACCAAACAUUUCUGAUAUUUACAUUUGAUACAAGUGCCGAGAAAAGAAAUUUACUGUCUGGUCUUAUUGUGGCCUUAUUUUGUUUUUCAAAUGUCUAUGUAUUAUAUUAGCCACAUUAACGGCACUGCCUUCUGUAUACUCUAAAUUGGAAGUCUUAUUGUUCUUGAUCAAAAAGUCUAUUGUAUAUUUUGGCUCUUGUAUGUUAUAUACAUCGCAUAAUACUUGCCUUGUUGUUAUGGAAAUUUAAUGUUGCAAUAACUUCAUGUGAACCCUUUUACUAUUUGUAAUUUUGGAUUUUAGUUUCUGGAAAAUAUUUUAAAACAAAAUAGUUCACAUUUUUUCUUGUCUGAUCAUGCCCAUUUUUUAAUAUUUUUUUUACAAAAAAUCCUUUUUAAGAGAUGUCAAUUUUUGUGUGCAACUUUGAUGACAUGUAAUGAUGUAUAUAUAAUAAUUUAACCAGAUGGUUUAGGUCUGGAAUCUAAUCCAAGGUUAAGUGAACUUUCAAGUAUUGGCCACAUAUUCUGAAGUUGAGUGGUUAACCUUUUUCCCAUUGCAGCCACGUGCAGUUCAUAAUACUUACAGUGUCUUUAUAUAAUGACAAGAUGUAUAUAUAUUUAUUUAUAUACAAGCUUCAACCUUUUAUGUUUGAGUUGCUGCUAUCUGUAAGGUGUAAUGUAAAUAGAAAGCAGUUGGGAUGUACAUUUUCGUGUGAUGUGUACCUAUGAUUUAUUUCCCCUGGUGGGUCAUUAAAGACUGAUGAAAAAUAUGUUUAUAAUCAUGCGUGGUGAAAAUGUUUCAUUCAAAUCUUUGAUAUGUAAAUGACACUUCCUGUGUGUCAUAGGCUAAGAAAGGGAAGGGCUUCUGCAGUGUUUUGUUUUGCUGCUAUUUCAUGAACUAAAUCGUAUGUUCAUGUCAGUCAGAAUUCCAGUCCUUCUGUGUGUGUGUGAAUGUAUACUGACCAUUCCAUCCAGAGGUUGUGUUGUUUAGUUAGUUGUUUGUGUAGGAAGUGCCUUUACUACAUGUCCAGUGGCAUUAGCCACAAUCACCUUCAAACAUUAUAUACCAUCAAUAAUUAACAAUAUUCUUCUUCACAUCCUUUCCCCCCCCCCCCCUGUAAUUGAAGAUUAUUGUGCAAUAUCUUUAUCCAAAAUAGAAUUUGAUAAAAAUGAUUAUUCAUUUUGAAAUCGAAAAUAGAAUUUCAUUUUUGUUACCAAAAUGACUAGGAAAUGUUUGCCUUGAAAAUAAUCUGUCCAAAAAAUAGCAAAAAAAAAGAUUUCAAGAAGUUGAAAUGUAAAUGACCAGAUAGUCCAUACUUUGUGAAGGAAUGGAUUAUCAUUAGUUACAAUUUAUCAUAUAGUAGUAAUGAUCUCAUUGUUAAUGGGUCAUCAAUUAUUAGAGUGACAUUGUAGACCACAAAAAUUGUUUGAAAUCUCAAAUGGAGUUGAACAAAUGACACAUAUUAUUCUCUUUUUAUUGGGUCUACUCAGCAUAUACUUAGAACAGUACAUGUAUGACUUUGAAUAUUUAAUACUUAGGUCUUGUACUGACAACUAAAAUAUGAACACAAUAUCUGUACAGUAAACUUUGCAAAGUCUGCUUAUACAUAACACAUACAUAUGUUAGUGUGUUUUCUUCAAUAUUAUUUUCUUGACAUGGUUAGUAAAGUGCCAGUUUUAAAACCAGUUAUUACAAGGCUUAGUUGUCAAUGCAUUGUUUCAUCUGUGACCCUGGAAAGCUUGUUUAUGUACAAGUUCACAGAUGUCCAGUUGAAGAUGAUACAUUGUAGUAUUUCAGAAUUUCAAUCCAUGGAUAAAUGGUAGCAUUUCAGAAUUUCAAUCCAUGGAUAAAUGGUAGCAUUUCAGAAUUGCAAUCCAUGGAUAAAUUGUUGUAUUUCAGAAUUGCAAUCCAUCUUUUAAUUCUAAUCAAACUUAGACAUUUGAUAGCAGUGUGUUUACUAUAAAGUAUAAAAACAUCAUUUACGUUUACUAAGUUUUUAAAUGUUAGUCACACUGUAAUCAAAUGUUUCCUAUUUGAAUUUGUUACACUAUUGUCCUGAGAAGCCAAGUGCUGGCUUAGCUUCACAAUAAACAUGUAUCACCAUGUUUUCUUUUACAUGUAUGUCUUUAAAAAAAAAACAACAGUAACGCCAAUUCUUGCAUUGCUAUUGGCUUGAUGUUGAGACAUUUCAAAUCAAUGUGGCUGGUUUUGUAAUGCAAUUAGUUUAGGGUUAGGGUUAUUGAAGGACUUAAGUGUUAUCUUUUUUUUUUUAAACUGAUGUUAUUAAACAGUGUGUUCCUUUCAUUUAUUUGUUUUGGGUGAGUGAAAGUGUGUGUGUAUUUACACUUUGUGGCUAUAAUUGUGUUCAAUUUGUUGAUUACACUUUUUAAUGGAUUUGACUUAUCAUUUUAGAAAAAAAAAUAUUUUUGACUUAAAAAAUUGAUCAGCCUCUUUGAGUCCAUGUUCUUUAAUGUUCAAUACAGUUGAUGAAAUAUCAAGAA